AUGGUCGCACUGUCCAAGUUUUACAUACUAUCCUUGAUCCCCAUCCUCGCGUCGUUGUCGGCAGUGGCAGGCCACUCACCCGACGCUCUAUCGCCCGCACGCUUAUCGAGGCGUAACAACCUCGUCGACGACUACAACCAUCGACGGGAGCUCCUUGAAGACAUCCUCUACGAACGCGACCUGCUUGAAGACAUGCUAUACGAACGCGAUCUCCUCGAAGACAUGCUGUACGAACGCGAUCUCCUCGAAGACCUCCUCUACGAGCGAGAUCACGAGACCAAGCCAAAGCCUUUCGUUAAGAAACCGUUUGGAACAAAAGAUGCCAUAGCGUACAUCUAUGCAAAUCAUCCUUUCUAUGCCCCCUCAAAGAAGAAGAACGUGGUUAAAAGAAGGGGAGUGCGUAAAUGA